CUCCUGCGUGGGUUCUGCAUUUCUUCUAUUCCCAACGAGUCUCUUCUAAUGGGGUCUGUUGUUGCUUGAGGGCCCUUGUGUUUUUGCGCGUUAACCUUACAAUUGCGUCCAAAGGAGCAGGGGGGCGCCCUUGAAGGGCUCGCAGCUGACUGAGUACAAGCCCCCACCCCCGCUGUCACCAUGCCUGCGGCGGCUCCGAUCAUCAGCUCUGUGCAGAAGCUGGUACUAUACGAGACCAGAGCUCGGUAUUUUCUAGUUGGAAGCAAUCAUGCAGAAACCAAAUAUCGUGUUUUGAAAAUUGAUCGCACAGAGCCGAAGGAUUUAGUUGUUAUUGAUGACAGGCAUGUAUACACCCAGCAAGAAGUGAGAGAACUGCUUGGCCGCUUAGAUCUUGGGAACCGGACAAAAAUUGGACAGAAGGGCUCCUCUGGAUUAUCACGUGCCGUCUCUGCUUUUGGUAUAGUAGGUUUUGUCAGAUUUUUAGAAGGUUACUACAUUGUGUUAAUUACAAAGAGGAGAAAGAUGGCAGACAUUGGAGGACAUGCAAUAUAUAAAAUAGAAGAUACAAGUAUGAUCUACAUUCCAAAUGACUCUGUACGAGUGACUCAUCCUGAUGAAGCAAGGUAUCUUCGAAUUUUUCAGAAUGUGGACUUGUCUAGUAACUUUUAUUUCAGCUACAGCUAUGAUCUAUCCCAUUCUCUUCAGUAUAAUCUUACUGUUCUAAGAAUGCCUCUUGACAUACUUAAGACAGAAACAACUCGAACACGACAGGAGAGUUUCGAUAUUUUUGAAGAUGAGGGACUUGCAACUCAGGGUGGAAGUGGUGUAUUUGGAAUUUGCAGUGAACCUUAUCGAAAAUACGUUUGGAAUGGCAAACUGCUGGACAUCGUCAAAACUGCAGUUCAUCGAGACUGGCUCCUGUAUAUUAUUCAUGGAUUUUGUGGGCAAUCGAAACUGCUCAUCUAUGGUCGUCCUGUGUAUGUCACCUUAAUUGCUAGAAGAUCAAGUAAUUUUGCUGGAACGCGGUUUCUAAAGAGAGGAGCAAACUGUGAGGGAGAUGUAGCUAACGAAGUGGAAACAGAGCAAAUACUCAAUGAUGCUUCAGUAAUGUCAUUUUCUGCUGGGAGCUAUUCGUCUUACGUCCAAGUGCGGGGUUCUGUCCCUCUGUAUUGGUCUCAGGAUAUUUCAACUAUGAUGCCAAAGCCACCAAUUACGUUGGAUCAGGCGGACCCAUUUGCACAUGUAGCUGCUCUUCACUUUGAUCAGAUGCUCCAGAGGUUUGGCUCCCCAAUAAUCAUUUUAAAUCUUGUGAAGGAGCGUGAAAAAAGAAAACAUGAAAGGAUAUUGAGUGAAGAGCUUGUUGCUGCUGUGACCUACCUCAAUCAAUUUUUACCUCCUGAACAUGCUAUUGUCUAUAUUCCUUGGGACAUGGCCAAAUACACAAAGAGCAAACUGUGCAACGUGCUUGACAGACUGAACGUGAUCGCAGAGAAUGUGGUAAAGAAAACUGGCUUCUUCGUGAAUCGGCCAGAUUCCUACUGCAAUGUCUUGCGCCCAGAUGAAAAGUGGAAUGAGCUAGGAGGAUUUGUGGUUCCCACUGGCCGUUUACAGACAGGAGUUCUUCGAACCAAUUGUGUUGACUGCUUGGAUCGCACUAACACAGCCCAGUUUAUGGUUGGGAAAUGUGCUUUGGCAUAUCAACUUUAUUCCUUAGGGCUGAUUGACAAACCCAAUCUCCUGUUUGACACAGAUGCUGUUAGAUUAUUUGAAGAAUUGUAUGAAGAUCAUGGGGAUACACUGUCCCUCCAAUAUGGUGGUUCUCAACUUGUUCAUCGAGUAAAAACUUACAGAAAGAUAGCACCCUGGACCCAGCAUUCUAAAGAUAUUAUGCAAACCCUUUCAAGAUACUACAGUAAUGCCUUUUCAGAUGCUGACAGGCAAGAUUCAAUUAAUCUGUUUCUGGGAGUAUUUCAGCCUGAAGAAGGGAAGUCUCAUCUUUGGGAACUCCCUACGGAUUUUUACUUGCAUCAGAAGGACACGAUGAAUCUCCUUCAGCCUAGGCGAAGCUACACUUUCUGGUGGACUCCAGGUAUACUAAAUUACUUGCCACUGCCUUUUGAUGAGGUGACAUGUCCUGAAAACAGAAGAAAACUAAUGGUGAAGAAAUUUCAUAAGUUUGAUGAAGAGAUCGACAUCCAUAAUGAAUUUUUUCGACCGUAUGAGCUCAGCAGUUUUGAUGACACCUUUUGUUUGGCAAUGACAAAUUCAAUACGAGAUUUUAUGCCCAAGAAUGUUGGCAUUGAUCCUAGCCCAUUUACUGUACGUAAACCGGAUGAAACUGGAAAAUCUGUUUUGGGGAACAAAAGCAAUAGAGAAGAAACAGUGCUGCAGCGUAAAACGGCUGCUAGCGCUCCACCACCACCCAGUGAGGAGGCUGUGUCCAGCAGCUCUGAGGAUGAUUCUGGGACUGAUAAAGAAGACGAGGGGGCUGUGUCUCAGCGUUCAACACCCGUGAAGAUGACAGACACAGGAGAUAAUACCAAAAUAACAGAAAAUGUAGUGCAACCUGUAAAAGAUGUAUAUGGGAUUAAUCUCUCGGAAUCUCCUUCAGAAGAUGAUCUCAGCAUAUACACAAGGUUUGUUCAGUUGGGCCAGAGUCAACACAAGCCGGACAAGAGUCACCAACUUCUUUGUUCUAAACACUUCGAUGGGGUCAUAAAUUUAACUCACAUCUCUGCUUUCUCUCAAGACAAUAUUUAUGAAGUUCAGCCUCCUAAAGUAGACAGGAAAUCUAUUGAGAUCUUUCAUGCUCACAUCCAGGCUGGCAAAGGAAUCAUGCAGCCAUUGGGAAAAGAUGACAUUCUCCUGUACCGGGAAUACAUUAGAAACAGAUACAUGUAAAAAAAUAUAUGCUUGUGUUCAACUCCUCUGAGCACCACAUCAUGGAGUCCCCAAAAAUGUAUUGAAGGAGAAGUCAGUGGAAAAGCACCACGGAUGUUCUUACAUGUACUUUCCCACCCCCUCACUAUAAUGGAUGGCAUAUGCCAGCUUUUCCCUACCUGGCACUGUCCAGAUGUGUUGGGCUAAAACACAUAAUUCCCAGCUGUUGGCCAUGCUGCCUGGGAAUGAUGGGAGUUGCAGUUCAGCACAUCUGGGGGUGCCAUCUUGGGGGAGGCUGGCAUAAUCUAGCAUGGUUUUGCAGUGCAGGAUAGGAAUUAUUUUUCCUUUUUUUGAGAGUUAAAUGUGAAAAUAAAUACACAAAAAACAAAAGCACCUUCCACCCUUUCAGAAGCAAGAGAGAGAGUACAUAUUGAUAACAUUUGUAAAUUGUUGACAUUAGUUGUGUCCUCUUCAAUUAUGUAUGUUGUCUGGCUCAAGUUAUGUGGACAUCAAAGCAAAUGGAAAUGCAUCCAAUACACACUGCCAGUGGAGUGGUUGCAAACUGCUGUUCUACGCAACUGAAAUUUUUGGCCGUUGUUGAGUUUGUCUAAGUGGUGUUUGUUAUGUGACCACAAAUAAUGUAUCUUUCGGUCAGCGUGCUUUUGAAGAAGAUAUGAGUUAUAAGACGAUUUCAUCCAAGAUGCUCGUUGGGACCAUUUUUUAGAAAUCUAUCUAGUGAAUGUUUCUCAAUAGCAAGAAGUGAAGAAAAGGUUAAAUACUUAUGCUGAGAACUGAAUCUGCACUUGUCUCUUGCUCCAUACCUCCCUCUCUCUCUCUCUCUCUCUCUCUCUCUCUCUCUCUCUCUCUCUCUCUCUCUCUCUCGUUGCUGUGGGCAGAGUCCCAGCGGCACCUCUAGAAACUUUAUUGUGUGCUGCAAAGUAAUUUCUAAAACUUCCCUGUUGGAGCAGAGUGUCAUUAAAAAUGUAUUUGAUAAA